AUGGACAAGGGUGAAGGUGAACGAUGGCUUGCUGUUUCAGCUUAUGCAUUGCUUGAAAUUUGGGGAGCAUCAUAUGCAAUAAGACUCCAAGCAAUCAGCGGCUUCAAGGCCCUACUUGUAAGUUGCAACUCCCACAGACUGCCAGAAACCGCUCUUCGCACGGAAGAAGCUCGAAAAACUCCCAAGCGCCAUGCUCGCUCCAGCGCUGGCAUCCAAGCCACAGGCCAGAUCAGCAAUCACAGUUACGGAACGAUGCCUAUAACCAUAAUGACCGAUCUGAACGUGGGCCGCAGAUCCAUAUGCCAGGAAAUAGACUGUAUGAGUGAAAAGGAACGAUCGGUGGAUGGUGAAUCCAGGGCUGUGGCGCCAGUAUUCCAGACAUUGAAGCUAGGUCAUGUGCCGUGUCAAAUCAGCGUCACCACAAGGAAGAUGAUGUGGCCCCGUGUCACGGCCCUCAAGCUCGUAGCUGAGGAUAAUUUCAUCAUGGAUUUGCCAUUGACAAUACCCAAGGCAAUGAUCAGCUGCCAGUGGGAGGCUGCGGGGCAGGAGGUCCUGGGGAAGGUCGAGGAGGAGCUGAAUAGCAUGGGAUUCGAAGGCGUGCAUCCCAUUAUGGCGCUUCAUGUGCAUGGGGUACAACCUUUGCCGCCUGAGGAAAGGUUUGGUUCGAGGCACAUGUGAGGGACUUCGUGUGGGACUGAGACGAGGUGAAGGAGUGGUUGACAUCCGCGGAUUUUUUUCAGUCUCAAACUCAGUACGUGAUAAAAAC